GCAGAAUUCCAGAAUUUUGGCUGCUCUGACGAUUUGCACCCGACCUUAUUCACCUCUGACGUAGCUCGGAUACAGACUCUUCUGAACCCCUACUCAUCUUCUUCGCCUACAAGCAACAAUCGAAGCCUGGGAGGUUCGACUCUAGAACUACUAACAUCAUCUAGCUUAAACUGAGGUCGUUGUAGUUACGAUGCCGUCAAACACCAACAUGGCCCCCGAAACGCCUCCCGGCAGGGGCAUUUCCUCUCGUCUAUUGACGAUGAAAUUUAUGCAGAGAGCUGCCACCUCUGGAUCUGCACCAGAGUCGUCUCCCGACGAACCGUCUUCCAAGCGGCGCAAGUUCCAGAACUCCCCUCUCACUGGCGAUUUCCACUCCUUCGAUCAAGCGGCUGUCCAGGCCGCUUUGAAACAGCAAGAAGCCAAGCGCUUGGCGGCACUGGAAGCCUCCAGAGCCGAACUGGCAGACACGCAUUGGGUUUUGGAUGGUUCGUGGGGCAAUCCUACUGCGACCGAGGACGCGCCGCCAAAUAUCGUGUACGUUGGGUACGCCGAUAUUGAUGAUGCCGACCACGAGAAGGAAUCCAAGGGUGCCGCACAUCAUGGCAGGAAGAAGGUCGGCGGUAGCAAAAAGAAGGCCGCCAAGGACACCGUGACUAAAAGCAAAACAAAAGACGAGAGCGAUUCCGGUGAUUCGAGUGUCCCCAGUGACUCCGAUGAGUCCGAUGAGUCCGACACCUCCGACAACUCCAGCGACGAGCAUGACGAGCUUGACGCGGAUCCAUCCUCUGGUGACGAAGCGUCGACACCGAAGCCCGUCAAGCCCGUCAAGCCCGUCAAAGGUCUAUCAUCCGGCGGCCAAGGUCGCACAAGGGUCAAUCUUCAGCCCAAGAAAUCAACAGAGUCGAUGAAGGCGAGAGAAUUCCGUGAGAAGCGAAAGAAGAAAGAAGUAAAGCUGAACCAGUUGGCGUCUAUUUCUGGUGGUGCUUCUAGCAUUUCUGGGGCGGGGAAGCCCAACGCUCCCUUCAACUGCCACAACUGCGGUAAGCCAGGGCACAAGGCCGCUGACUGCUCCGACCGACGGAGAGGUGACGGCAGACGGAGGUCUGCCGGAACGUCACGAUAAAACGAUUGUUUGCAAGGUGCAUUGUUCCUUUUCAAGAUACCAUCUAUGCUCAAGUCCAGCAUACCUGCGGCUCUUUGGGCGCUGGCCUGCUUGGUUAGACCGACAUAGUCCAUGACUUUGCUAUACGGCCUUGUCCUGCAACAAAAACUAGAGAAAGUUGCAAGCGGGACCAACGACAAGACCUUGUUGAACACAUCUCGAUUUAAUGUGACACAGACGGGCGUCUCGGACCUCGCCGGGCCAUGAGUAGCUUGUUGUGUGCGGAUCCGCAACUUCAAUAAAAACAAAACGGAUUACUUG